UUAAGUGGGCAACUUACAUUGAGCAAGGUUCAUUACAAUCAUCUUCAAUGAUACGAAUUCAAGUGCGGUUAUCAAUUAUUGACCGAUAGCAAUUUCAUAACUCUUAAACAAGUCACUACGUCAAAUUGUUCGACGUGUAUCACAAAUUUAAGCAAUUCCUUACGUUACCCAACUCUCAGUACAUUCCAUGAUGUCGCGAUUUUCAGACGUUGCCUUGGGACCCCCAAUUGAAGUCUUCGCCCUAACGAAAGCUUUCGUAGAAGAUACAUUCCCGCAGAAAAUCAACUUGGGUGUUGGAGCUUAUCGCACCGAUGAAGGGAAGCCGUGGGUGCUGCCAGUAGUUCGCGAGGUUGAGAAGUUAUUGGCAACGGAUGAAACGCGCAACAAGGAAUAUUUGCCAAUCUUAGGUUUGGAGGCAUUUACAAAUGCCGCUACUUCCAUGCUCUUAGGUCAUAACAGCCCAGCACUAUUGGAAAAGAGAGCCUUUGGCAUACAGUGCUUAUCUGGUACUGGGGCGCUUCGUGUUGGAGCAGAAUUCUUAGCCAGUCAACUUGGAAGUAAAAUCUUUUACUUUUCAGCACCAUCAUGGGAAAAUCACAAUUUGGUAUUUACAAACGCCGGAUUUAAAGAAGGUAGACAAUACCGAUAUUGGUGUGCCAAAACACGUGGAUUAGACAUAGAUGGUCUUCUGCAAGAUCUCAGUGAGGCGCCUGAAAAUUCGGUCAUUAUUCUCCACACAUGCGCUCAUAACCCGACGGGUUGUGACCCAACACAGGAACAAUGGAAACAAAUCGCCGAUGUAAUGGAGAAGAAACGCUUAUUUCCAUUCCUCGACUGCGCAUAUCAGGGUUUUGCAUCCGGCGACUUAGAGAAGGAUUCUUGGGCGGUGCGCUAUUUCGUUUCGAGAGGAUUUGAAUUGUUCUGCGCGCAGUCUUUUGCAAAAAAUUUUGGAUUGUACAAUGAGCGCGUGGGUAACCUUACGGUAGUACUCAAUAAUCUCUCCAAUCAGCAAGCAGUCAAAUCGCAAUUCACACUUCUUGUCCGAGGGAUGUACUCAAAUCCACCCUUACAUGGUGCCAGCAUCGUGUCACGCGUUUUGAGUGACCCAAAAUUGUUUGAACAAUGGAAAUCCCAUAUCCGCACAAUGUCUUCUCGGAUUAUCAGCAUGAGGAAGGCUCUAAGAGAAGCUUUAGAAAAAAAUAAUACCCCUGGAAAUUGGAGUCACAUUACAUCUCAAAUAGGAAUGUUCUCUUACACUGGACUAAAUGAGCAACAGUCUGUGCAUAUGGUUAAAAAGCACCAUAUUUACAUGCUUAAAUCGGGCCGUAUCAAUAUGUCUGGAAUGAAAUCUACCGACAUAGAAUACAUUGCACAAGCUAUUAAAGAAACCUUAACCAAUGUGCAUUAGUGACGUGGCCAUUCAGUGAUUUACAUUGGAUUUGCUAUAGGUACCAUGCAGACUAUGAAGAUCUAAUCUAAUAGUAACUAAAAAAUAAAUAGAUUUUGUAACAUUGGAAACUAAGUGCAGUAAAUUAUUAUCUUCCCGGUA